AGUAACCUCUCAUUUAGUCAAAUGUCACCAAGUAACAAUUCAUUAUUGUUUGGAAAAAGAUUUCCAGUAUCAUCCUCUAUCCUGUGUGCAAAGGAAUCUUUCUUUAAAGACAUGUUUUUGUUCUAUUGAGUAGGUCUACAUACUUGUUCUCAUCAUUGCACAGGCAUUGAUUACCUGCACAAAACUGCAGCUUUGUAUUAAUUAACUACUGCCACAAACUUCAACAACAUGCUACUAUUUGUCUGUUGCAUGCAGUUGUACAUAAGGGAAAAAAAGAAUAUGUCCGUGUGUUUUUUCUUUCUUUCUUUUUUCCUUUUUUUCCCCUCUCAUAUUCGAACAUUUUGGUUGAAUAGCUGUUCUUUUAUGUAGGCCCACGUACACUGUUAUGUCACCAGUCUGUCAGUCUUUGGCUUUUGUCAUUCUAAUUUGCUGCUUUGUUGCAGUGGAUUGUCUUGCCUCCUCGUGAAUUAACAAAAGCUUUGAGAGGGUACCCAGCAUCGCACGACUGUUUCCCGGGGAAACGUACCGGGUAAACAAGAGCCAAUCUCUGCGCAAGCGGGCGGCAGCGGAACCAGCAGCAGAUCUCGGAUUGUGAACUGGCGCACCAAAUUCCAUCCAACUCAGAGAAAGACAGCUCAAGGACCGGAUAGGAAAGGAAGCAUGCGGCGCGCCACUUCAGCUGGGUACCGUUUACCGGACCGACCCAAUGGUCCUCUCGCCUCUCAGUCCUCAGGCUCAGUGUUCAGACAUUCAGCGGGCAGGACACGAAACACCGGUGAGAUACCAGCGCAAGACGACGAUACCCGAGAUCCGGUAAAGCAGGACCAAGUUUGGAGAGAGUUUGUGCGCACGGAGCGAAUCGGUGUGAAAGAAUGGGAGAAGAACUGGAGUUUCCUCAUGAACUUUUACCAGCUGGGUCAUCCACAUACAGAAACUCCUCUCUCCAGCUCGGUGUCUUUAUACUCAGACAGAGUCCCAAACACCAGAAACCAAAUGUUUGGCAGCGGCUUGUACACUGAGCUGGGCAAAGAGCUGAUUUACCUGGACAAUCUGCUAAUCCUGACAGAAAACCACCGCAAGACCAAAAGGAAUCCAGAGAUGCUACCCUGCUGAGGUUUACCAGGCAAAGCAAAACCUUCUAGCAGAGAUUCUCUAGAGACCUUCCCUUGGGUCGUUCUGUUUGUCAUGCCUUUACUUAUAGACAAUCUCAAGGUUGUUCAGUGGUUGGCUGUUUGUUUUAUAAAAAAUUUUUUUUUCUCUCGACAGCCUAAAUACCAGCUGCCAACCUGUGUAUGUAUGGGUGUGUUUGUUGUUUGUUCGUGUGUUGAGAGCUUGUUUUUAUAGAUUUUCUGUUGACAUUAAUAUGCAUCCCUCAGAGUACUGUAAUAUGUUGAUAAAGGCAUUAAAAAGAUGAUCCUGAUUUUAGAAUAUACUAUUUGCAUAUUCAUUUUUUAGAUAAACACUGUUACUCAGUGUAUAAAUGCUAAUUAGUUACAGAACUGGAUUAAAACUCCUAGAUCAGAGAGAUUUAUUUUUCUGUACUUGAAAGGGUUAGAUUGGUUUGCAUCUCAAGAGAAAAGAGGAAUUAGAUGUGUCAGGUAAUUCUUCACAGUUCAGUUUACAAACAGUCCUAGCCAAUUUAGACAUUUUAUCCAUGGAACAUUAGAGGAUUAGAACUGGAAUAUUUUGCCAAGACCUUCUACAUUUGUUAUGUUGAAAAAUAUAAAUCUGAUCUUGCCGAAUUAUAUUCCAAUAAAGUUGUUCUCCUUUUAAGCGGC